AUGGGCGGAGGAGGACAUGGCGGAGGUCUAACUUACAAGGGAGUCACUGUGCACACUCCCAAGACGUGGCACACCGUCACCGGAAAGGGAUUGUGCGCCGUUAUGUGGUUCUGGAUUCUGUACAGGGCAAAGAAAGAUGGACCUGUAGUCAUGGGAUGGAGGCACCCAUGGGAUGGCCAUGGUGAUCACGGUCACGGAGAUCAUCACUAG